AUGGCUGCCCGACCUCAGAACAUUGGCGUCAAGGCCAUUGAAAUCUACUUUCCCAGCCAGUGCGUCGACCAAGCCGAACUGGAAAAAUUCGAUGGCGUCUCUACCGGAAAAUACACCAUUGGUCUCGGCCAGACCAAAAUGAGCUUCUGUGACGACCUCGAAGACAUUUACUCUCUCGCCCUGACCACCCUCUCCUCCCUUUUGCGCAAAUACAACAUCGACCCCAAAUCCAUAGGCCGGUUGGAAGUCGGAACCGAGACUCUCUUGGACAAGUCCAAGUCGGUCAAGUCCGUUCUUAUGCAGCUCUUCGAAGAGUCUGGGAACACAAAUAUCGAGGGUAUCGAUACCGUCAACGCUUGCUACGGAGGUACCAACGCCAUCUUCAACAGCAUCAACUGGGUGGAGUCUUCCGCUUGGGACGGCCGCGACGCUAUCGUCGUCUGCGGUGAUAUUGCAUUGUACGCCAAGGGAGCUGCCCGUCCCACUGGUGGCGCUGGAUGUGUUGCCAUGGUCAUCGGUCCCGAUGCUCCUAUCGUGUUCGAGCCUGGUCUCCGUGCCAGCUACAUCAGCCACGUCUACGAUUUCUACAAGCCCGACUUGACCAGCGAAUACCCCUACGUCGAUGGCCACUUCUCCAACAGAUGCUACACCCAGGCUGUGGACGAGUGCUACAAGGCUUAUAACGCUCGCGAGAAGACUCUACAGGAGAAGUUUGGCGUCAACGGCGUCGUUCCCGAGGACAAGACUCCUCUCGACCGCUUCGACCAUGUUCUGUUCCAUGCCCCCAACUGCAAGCUUGUCGCCAAGUCAUAUGCUCGCAUGCUUUACAACGAUUACCUUACCAACCCAUCCCACCCUUCGUUUGCUGAAGUUCCCGCUGAGAUCGCCGGGAUUGACUACGAAAAGUCCUUGGCUGACAAGACCGUAGAGAAGACCUUCAUGGGCUUGUCCAAGAAGCUAUUCAACGAGCGCGUCCAGCCUACUAUUGAGGUGGCUACUCAGUGCGGUAACAUGUACACUGCCAGUGUCUACGGAGGACUGGUCAGUCUCAUUUCAAACGUUGCCUUUGACACCUCCAAGCCGAAGCGGGUUGCCAUCUUCAGCUACGGCAGUGGUCUUGCCAGCUCCUUGUUCAGCUUCAAGGUUGUUGGCGACACCUCUGCAAUGGCCAAGAACCUGGACCUCCGCAGCCGGCUCGAGGCUCGUCGUGUUGUCCCCCCUGCUGAUUACGAUGCUCUCUGCCUCCUUCGCGAACAUGCCCACUUGAAGAAGAACUUCAAGCCCGCUGGCAACGCCGAGAACCUAUUCCCCGGUACUUACUACCUCACUGAAGUCGAUGACAUGUUCCGUCGCAAGUAUGCCGUCAAGGCGUAAUUAUCACCACGAUGUGGUUUCCACGACGUUAUGAACUGAAGUUAGAUCAAGAUGAGCAAGAAUCAACAUCCGUACCAAUGUUGCGGCAAUGUCUUUGUUUUGGGCUGUUUCUGGGAUUGCAAUGGUUUGUUAUAGUAUAUAUGCAUAUGCUUGGGUUAAUAGAAUAUUUUAAUACCGUCC